AGACCGAGUUAUUCACAAUAAUGCACUAUUUUAGUUUGUGAAUCACCAUUAAAAAGAAGGAAGUUGUACACAAUUACUCAUUGAGAUGGAGAGAUCAAGAGUUACUGUCAUUGCACUUAUAUAUGUUUUAUUGCUCAGUCAGAAAAGAAUCUACGCUGCAGAAAUGGAGAUGAAUGUCAGACCAGGAGACAACAUCACUCUCUACUGUGACCGUCCUUUAACUCAUGGGUUCAGCAUUUUAUGGAUAAGAAACUGCUCUCAUGAAAAUCAACCCUCUCUCAUGAUGGACUAUAGGACAGUGGACCAAUACACUUUCAAACGUUUCAGCUUUAUUUACAACCCCUACAACAGUUCCCAUGAUCUACACAUAACUAACAUUAGCGUCGCUGACCUGGGACUGUACUACUGUGCAGAAGAAGAGACUCAGGUACACAAAAAUAAAGAUGGUUUCAUAUACUCAGUUAAAGUGUACUACUAUGGAAGCCGAACAACUCGUCUCUCUAUUGCAGUGAAUUCCUCUUCUGGACCCUCCACCACCAUCUCACCGUCUCUUGUAUCAGACUGUAUCCUCUGCUGGAAGCUGCUGUUCAGUGUGUGUCCUGUGUGUGUUCUCCUUUCCUCGCUUCUCUCCUCCACUUGUGUGUACUCUCUCUGUCGUACUCCAACAGCAGAUUAUGAGCAGAGUGCAGAGAUACGCACAGCAAAAGUUUUAAAGGUGGAUCCUACAGACAAACAUCAAUGUGAAAUGAGUAAGAAUGGAAAGUUCUGCCUCCACACCGAAGUCACUUAUAGAUUACUGACAUCUACACAUCCCUAUGCAAAGAUGUGACUCUUCCUGUUGAAUUUAUACAAGCUCAGCUGUUGCCAGUGAUACGUGUAAUUGCUAACAGCACCCUUUUUGUUCUUAGCUAUUUCAGUUAUUAUUUCUGAACGUGCUGUUUCUCAAGCAUUAAUAUUAACAUUAGGUACAUGUACAUAAACAAGCAAACACACACAUGCAAUAUACACAACACAAUUACACUUUUUGUAAAUCACAAUAGAAAUUAUUAUUAAACAAUUUUAAAUACAAUUUAAAUAAUUUCAUUUUAAAUGUUUGAUUAAAACCUAGUAAAAUAGAGAAAAGUCUCUUUAUUUUUAAUUUUUUUUUCAGUAUUGCAACCAAACGUUUGAGUCUUUAGGUGAUCCAGGGCUUUUUUUUUUUUUUUUUAUGUUAAAACUGGUAUCAAAAUGGCUCCCAUGUGGCUUCAAAUGAUAACUGGGUGCUCUUUAGCCUUAUGAUGUAGUUUGAGUUUAAUUCAGAUAUACUAUACUAUGAAAGUUCAACAGGGGUUUAACAAUAUGUACAAAGUCAAACAGAUAAAAUGAGUGUCCACAGCAUAAGGCAGAUCUCCAUGUGUCUUUGCAGCCCUGAUUCAGAAUGGCUAUGUUUGACGUAGAAGAGACAAGUGUAAUACAUUAGGAAUUAACUAUUGAACUAUUGUAGACAGUCUGCAUUCUUCGAAGACUUCACAAAAUAAAUGCUAGAAUAGUACUUUGUCACUUAUUUUAUUGUCUUGUUGUGUAUAAUAGAGCAGGCUGGGGUUUGAAUAAGAAUGUUUUGAUGUAACAAAAUGCAGCUGACCGGAGCAACAGGACGUUAUAGUGGGUUUCUUUUUAUGUUUGUCAACCACUCUGUCUCUCUUUCUCUUUCUCUCUUUUAUAGCCAACUAUCAGUACCAGCUACAAAUGUUUGAUACCAAAAAAGUUGUUUUUGAAAGAAAGACAGUAAAGGGAACAGGAGGAAAGAACAAAGAGUUAUUUAGCACCAUGGACAGCGAACAGCUCUGAUCACUGAAUUGCCUUUAUGUAAAGUCACAGAUAUCAAAAACUUUUUUCCUGAGGUGCCCUAAUAGUGCACUGUAAAAUGAAACUGCAAUUGUUAGCUUAAGGAAUUGUUUGUCUCUUUCUGAUCUGAACCUUAAAAUUACUUUUUUUUUUUUUUUUUUUUUUUUUUACAAUUUGCUGUCUGUAUGGAAAACAACACAUGCAGAUAACAUCAGUUAUAGCAGGUCAUAAACCAACAACAAGGCUAAUGUAAAAAUGUUGCACAUCUCACUCAAACAGUGUUACCACAAUCAGACCAAGUGGACCGAGAGACAGGAUGUUGUUGGUUUCCUGUUUAAAUUUCCUUGCUUCUGUUGGAGCCAUAGCUCAGUGGGUAUUGCAAGUAAUUAUGUCUUGUAAAGAGCAAAUUUCUCACAGGGUUACGGUUUGAAUCCGACUUGUGUCAUGUCCUGAACCGGUCCCGUUCUCAAUCUUUUCCCCCAAUAUUUUCCUGUCUUUCUCGCUCACUGUCUGAUUUAUAAUGGCAUUAAAAGCCCAGUAAUAAACAAAAGAAACAUUGCUUCUGAACUUCUCACAGACUGUUAUCAAAACUCACCUUUGUGAUGCUUUCUAUCUAACAUGUCUUGCAGCAUAUGGACCCAAAUACAGAGUCUAAGCUGCUAGACUUUGUAUUUGCUAACCAUGCACAAUGGCUGAGACAAAUCAGAAAUGUUUUUAAUGGCUGAUUCUCAAAAUAAAGAUAUAAGCAUUCAAGAAAACAAAAUAAAAUCUUCUCAAAGUCUUCACUGUCCCGUGGGAAGAUCGCAUGGACGAGGCCUUUGAAAGGAAGCUCUCUAAGUACGCAGGACUUGUCAGCAAAUGUCAGCAGGCUGGAUGGAGAGCGAGGUGUCUUCCAGUGGAGGUUGUAUGCAGGGGAUUCACAGCCCGUUCAUUAGCCAGAGCCUUCAGCAAUUUGGGCAUUGAGGGAGAGAGGAAGAGAAGAGCUAUCUGCAGUACCACUGAAGUGGCAGGGAGGGCCUCAAGAUGGCUGUGGCUCAAAAGAGGAGAGCCAUGGAGUCAUAAGUAGCUAGCCAUUUGGACACAAGCUCGAGUCUGAUCAGCCCUGGC